UAACAGGCGAUUAUUGUAAAUAAUCGCCUUGCGCUCGUGGUUACUGGCUAUGGGCGAGCAUCCAAUAAUCUUGUCAGGUAAUCGAGACAAGGACGACGAAGACAUUGAAGAUAAAAAGAAAAAAAAUAAUAAUAACAACAACAAGAUAAUAAGUAAGAGUAGUAAUAGUAAUAAACGUGAGUGGUGGAGUAGCUGUGAGAAGUUGGUACGUAGACAAGAUUCCCCUGCAGAAAGAUCAUCAACGCGACGACAUCCGUCACUUGUCCUGUCAUUGUCACUCGGGCACGGGAAUAAACGUGGGAGGGUCUCAAUCUCAAGCCUCCUGGCUGGUUUUCUUCUCGUUAGUCUGCUCGUGUUGAGUCACUUCAGGGCAACUUUGGCGGUACCCACGAGAAUGGAACAGCAACAGCAACAAGACCGACAUCAGAACCACCAUCAUCACCAAUAUCAUCAUCAAGCUGAGAGUCUCGAGGCUCACGAGUCAACUGACGAGGGGACCAGAGACAAUACUGAAUUUCGUGACGAUGACGAUGAUGAGCUUGAGACCUUAAGGAGAAGCAUCGUGGAGGGUCUCGGUCUCAAGAGGAUACCCGAUCCUUCAAAGGCGAACGUGAGUCAGACAGAGUAUGAAAGAGCCCAUGGAGAGUACCUGAGUAGACUGCAAAUGUCGAGAGCACCUGGUGACAGGAGACGAAAGAGACUUCACACAUUUCAUGCCACAGAAGUGCCGAGUCGAGUAAAAAGACAAGCAGUGGACCAUCAUCUAUUUUUUCCAGUAGAAAUGCCUGUUGACACUGUGGUAGAUCACGCGAAUUUGAGGCUUCUAUUGGCCACGGAUUUGGAAGAAAAUCCAGUGGACGUAUCAAUUUAUCGACUGACUAAUUCAUCGAGACAUUUGGUGAGACGAGAAAGAAUCAAAAGACUUUCGGGAGCCAGGUGGAUUGAAUUAGACACUACUGAGACUGCAACUUACUGGCACGAAGGUCUAGAUGACAAUCUGGGUCUUGAGUUACGUUUGGAGAACACACGUGGUGGUAAUGUCCUGUUCUCUGAUCCAGUCUUCAAUGUCUUUACAACAUCCGGCCGCGGUUAUUCACGAAGACGGAGAUCAGCUCCCGAGCAACUGAUGUCGCUCCACAAAGGCCGCAGAACAGAGUGUCGGGGUGAUAAUAAAAAAUGCUGCCGACAUGAAAUGACUGUCAUAUUCAAAGACAUUAAAGGCUUUGAGUUCAUUGUGCAGCCGAAAAAUUUCGACGCCGGUUACUGCAAAGGCCGAUGUCCGCCUCGAUACAAUCCAGCGCAUCACCAUGCGCUGUUGCAGAGUUUAAUAUGGAAAGAAGACAAACGUAAAGCUCCGAGACCCUGUUGUGCUCCAAGCAAACUUGCCGAACUUGAAAUUUUAUAUUUCGACGAAAACGAUCCGACGAAAUUGAAAGUCUCCAGCUGGAAAAAUAUGAGGGUUCUCGAGUGCGCGUGUUCCUAGGAGACAUUUAAAGUCUCCAUUUACGAAGAAAAAAAAAUGUUCAUUAUUAAAAGCAAUUAAUAACAUAAUUAACUCAAGACAACUUACAUAAUCAUU